AGUUCAUUUCCAGCGUUUGAGUGCGGAGCGUGUGUUUCGUGUUAAAAAAUUCUAGUGUCUCGCGUGUGACUGACCGCGCGGAUUCGUGCCUUUACUAUUGUGUUAUUGUUGUGUCUUGAGUGGAGUGAGUGUUGUGUCUUGUUUUAAUUAGUGUUUCUGACGAUGGCUGCGUGUGUUUGACGUGGGAAUGUAUCCAAGCGCGGGCGCAAUGAACGCCGCCGCUGCCGCUGCAGCCGUGGCGGCCGCAAGGCAUCCGGGUCCACCGCAGCCCGGCCAACCUAUCAAAUUUACAGUCGGCGAGUCCUGUGAUAGGAUAAAAGAAGAGUUUAACUUUCUACAAGCACAAUAUCACAAUUUAAAAUUAGAAUGCGAAAAAUUGGCUAGUGAAAAAAUUGAAAUACAAAGGCAUUAUGUUAUGUACUAUGAAAUGUCAUAUGGCCUCAAUGUGGAAAUGCACAAGCAGACGGAGAUAGCAAAAAGACUAAAUGCGAUAAUAGCUCAAAUACUUCCGUUUUUAUCACAAGAGCACCAGCAACAAGUAGCGUCGGCCGUGGAGAGGGCGAAGCAGGUCACGAUGACGGAACUCAACGCUAUUAUAGGGCAACAAAGGCCAGACCUGCCGCGGUUACUGCAACAAAUGCACGCAGCUCACCUCCCGGCGCAUGGGGCGCCGCCCUUGCCUCUUUUAGGCCAGGGCGCUCUGCCCCCAGCGGGGCUACUGGGCCUCGGAGUGCCUCACCACCCCCUUUCAGUACUCGCUAAGCCACCAGAUCUACAUCGGUCAGAUGAUAAAGGAAAUGGUAUCAGUUCAGCAGAGGAAAGACAUAGGAAUUCCAUAUCUCCGGGCGAGAGAGAAAAAUAUAGAACGCGGAGUCCGGCAGAGCCUGACCACAAGAAACUAAAGAAAGAAGAGAAAGACAUGGGUCAUGAGUUGGUAGUAGACGACGCGAGCGAGGAGCCAACGUCGCCACACAACGGCGCGCCCUCACCCAGAGAAAACGGUUUAGAUAAGUUGCAACCUAAGAAGGAACACCCACCACACAGUCCCAGGUCGGGUACCUCAAGCAAUGCAUCAACGCCUUCAGCGAAGAAGCUAGAUGAGAAGCCCAGCACCCCGAUUUCAAAGCCGGUGACGCCGACGUCGGGCGCUAGCGGCGCGGGGCCCGCGGGCGCUCCGCUGAAAGCCGCCGUCAAACCGCCAUCUUUACAAUACCCGUAUUUGGGCAAUGGCGCUCAUGACGCGUAUGGGUUAGCUGGAUAUUCGGCGAGAGCUGCCCUAGCGUACGAACCCCUUAGGCCUCCGCUAGGACCCGCUGCUUUAGCGCCUAUACCUGGAGGAAAACCGGCAUACUCAUUCCACGUGUCAGCGGAGGGUCAGAUGCAGCCGGUGCCGUUUCCCCCCGACGCCCUGAUGGGCCCGGGCAUCCCGCGCCACGCGCGACAAGUCUCUGCGCUUGCGCACGGCGAAGUCGUCUGCGCAGUCACAGUGUCCUCGCCCACUAAGUACGUGUACACCGGUGGGAAAGGCUGCGUGAAGGUGUGGGACAUCAGUCAGCCGAGUAAAGCGCCCGUCAGCCAACUGGACUGUUUGCAAAGAGACAACUACAUCAGGUCGGUGAAGCUGCUGCCGGACGGGCGCACGCUGAUCGUGGGCGGCGAGGCCUCCAACCUGUCCAUCUGGGACCUGGCGUCGCCCACGCCGCGCAUCAAGGCCGAGCUCACCUCCUCCGCGCCCGCCUGCUACGCGCUCGCCAUCAGCCCCGACUCCAAGGUGUGCUUCAGCUGUUGUUCGGACGGCAACAUCGCGGUGUGGGACCUGCACAACCAGACGCUGGUGCGGCAGUUCCAGGGCCACACGGACGGCGCGUCCUGCAUCGACAUCUCCGCCGACGGCACCAAGCUGUGGACGGGCGGGCUCGACAACACUGUCCGGUCGUGGGAUUUAAGAGAAGGCAGACAGCUGCAGCAGCAUGAUUUCAGUUCUCAGAUAUUCUCCUUAGGCUAUUGUCCAACAGGCGAGUGGCUGGCGGUGGGCAUGGAGAACAGCAACGUGGAGGUGCUGCACGCGGUGAAGCCGGACAAGUACCAGCUGCACCUGCACGAGUCGUGCGUGCUGUCGCUGCGCUUCGCGUCCUGCGGCAAGUGGUUCGUGUCCACGGGCAAGGACAACCUGCUCAACGCCUGGCGCACGCCCUACGGCGCUAGUAUAUUCCAGUCUAAAGAAUCUUCAUCAGUUUUGAGCUGUGACAUUUCAUCAGACGACAAGUACAUCGUGACGGGCUCCGGCGACAAGAAAGCGACAGUCUACGAAGUGAUCUACUAGUGACAAACAAACAAACAAGCGAACAAAACAGAUCAAGUGACUGUGUAUAGUGAGUGACGUUCCGCGAACAGAGUGGCACGUGGUGAUAUAGUUUUAGUGUAUGUAUAGAUUAUAUUGGGAAGCCUGUAUUGUAUGUACUUAUGCGACUUGUUUAUAUAGAUUAGUGUGCGCGAUUUUAUGUUUAUUUGUUGAGCGCCCGUAGUGUAUGUUGGCAGCAGAUCUCAAAAUGAUGAUUUCGUUUCAAUAUUGUUGUAAAAUGCUCGUAUUAAAGAAAAGAUAUGCGCAAACUA